CUUGUGCGCUCAGCGAGGAACUGUGCAACUAGUGUUUUCAGGCGCUCUUUCGUUGUGUCGCCUCCCCUGACAGGUUGUCGACCGCAUUGUUACAUUCUACAUAGUCAGAAAAUAGACACAGUGAUAGGCACGUCAGCGAACGCCCGGCGUGAGAUGUCGACCAUUGGGAGCAAGCAGCCCACGCCCGCAGCGGCCAUAGACUUCCUCAUGCUGCUGCAGCAGCUUAAGCUCACCAAGCGCACAGGAUGGGUGCGGAGGGACGUCCAGGGGCCGGAGAGCAUUGCUGACCACAUGUACCGGAUGUCGAUGAUGGCGCUCAUUGCCACCGACAGCUCCGUGGACGUCAGCAGGUGCAUCAAGAUGGCGCUGGUGCACGACGUGGCGGAGGCCAUAGUGGGCGACAUCACGCCCCACUGCGGCGUCAGCGACGAUGACAAGCACAGUCUGGAGCUGCGGGCUGUGGGGAAGAUCAAGGACAUGCUGGGGGCAGACACGGCGGCGGCCGCCGAGGUGGAGUCGCUGUGGCUGGAGUAUGAGGCGGCCUCCAGUCCCGAGGCGCUGCUGGUCAAGGACUUUGACAAGCUGGAGAUGAUCAUCACAGCCACGCAGUACGAGCAGGCUCAGCCGGGGCUUGUGCUUGAUGAGUUCUUCAAGAGCACCCAGGGCCGCUUCAAGACAGAGACCGGGAAGGCGUGGGCUGAGGAGCUGGUGGCACGGCGGAUACGCGGUCGGCAGGAGGCGGCCCGGGCGAUGGAGGGCGCCCAGGAGGGGGGGUCAGAUGAGGGGAAGGGGGCCGAGGAGCCGGGCGCGAAGCGGGCAAAGACGGACGCGUAAAUGGAAACAGUGCGUGACUUGCAGGGUAAGAAGCUGGGGGGUGUCAGUUGUUCUGUACUGUGGUACUGUGCGUAGCGUGUGUGUGACGUGAUGCAUUGGCAGUCUGUUGCUAGCUUGAGGCGCACUGCUGUGAAUCAUGGGACCCGAAUGAGUUGAGACCUGUGACUCCUUGACA